GGUAAAGAGAUUAUUGGAGUUCAGCGUUUCAUAUGAUGGGAGGCAGAUAUAUUAUCUAUGGCAGUGAUAUGGAAUUACAAAGGGAAAAGCAUCAUUGUUUUAUAAUUUAAAUUCAGUUUCAGUGCGACUGACAAUUACAGUAUAUUGGCAGCUAAUCUUUCAACACCCAUGUAUGUGAUUAUACCUCUGGAAAAUUUUGCCAUGGAAGGGGUCUCAACACCAGGAAUGUGGUUUGUUGAACACGCCGAGAGUUACUUAUUUCCCUGCUGGCUUUUCCCUUAUAAUGGCAAUUCUCUUUUAGUUGCAUAAGCUUAAAAGAUGACAGUUCCAGGCACCUCUCUUAGUGCAAGAAUAUAAUUUGAUACCAGACACUUGAGUGUCCCUUAAUCUAAUGAAAAAGUUGUUCAGAGGGGCGUCGACACUCAAAGAAUUUAUGCCAAAGCAAACCUUAUGGACUAUAUCAAUUAUCAAAGCAAGCUGCAAAACCCAGCUGAUAACCCCUGAAAGUGUUCGAGUCCUCUAGUAGAGAGUAAAACAAAGGAAUGGAGUGGGUCUAUCCUAGGAGAAGGGGUCCACAGUGGAAACAAGGGUGGACAGGCCAGACCCUGUCCUCCGUUUCUGCACCACCUAUCCCAUUGCUUACCAUUUUUGGGAUUGUCGUUGUCUUGCUAUGGCUCUCUCAGUACACAGGCUACAAGGCCCGGUUACAUCAUACGGCAAUAAAUUUCCAGCUAUUCAUUAUUAUUUUGCCAAUUCUGUUAAUCUUCUUCAUGAUCUCAUUUUCAUCCAGCGGAAGGCUAGCUUUUUGGCAGCAGCGUCUGGAGCAUGAGACUGUUCAUCGAUCCGGGGGCUCACCUUGGGGCAUCGCUAUAUUGGUGGGUGUUCUACUUGUGCUGCUUUGUUAUCAAUCUUCAUUUCAUUCAAAAUGGCGUGGACCUCUCUAGAGGUCAAAUUAGUUAGCUGUAGUAAACUAAGAAAGAAGACUCGUGAUUAAGAUGUUGGCUUUAAAGUCCAUUAUAUUUAAGACGUGUGUGCUUGUGUAUGUUUCUCCGGUUUGUUUAUUAACUAUACCAGCACUUCUUUGACAGGAAAUUUUUUUUUAAAGUAAAAAUAUUUAAAUUUCGAAUUCAAAAUUUAAUUAA